CCACCAUUUUUAGAAUUUGUCCCUAAUCUCUCCAACACUCGGUUUCUUUAUCCCCUACUUUUUCCCCGAAAUUUUUCCAUCCCCAUUUCCCGUUUACACCAAACAAAGUGAGUAAACCCUUUUGCUUAAGCCAGGAUUUUCCCUCUUCUGCUUCACAUUUUGCCCCUAGACUUCCAGGAAAGGAACCCCAUUUUCUCUGUGAGUGAUGGUGACGAUGAUGAAGAAGCUCUGGUUCUGUGGGUGGAUUCUUCUCUGUCAUCUGCUGCUGGCUGCUGUUGUUUGCUCCAAGAACCAUGGAAAUCCUGCAAAUGAUCUGGUUGACAUAAUUAACAAGAAUCGAACUGCUCAAAAGCUUCCACAAUUAAAUGGCAGUCCUGGUUUAGGGUGCAUGGCCCUGCAGUAUGUCGAGUUAUGCAAGGGGAACUGCAGCAACAACAAUGCUGUAAACUGCAAGCCACCAGAAGAUGACUUCACUGAAGUCUUUGCUCCCAAUUGUGGAGUAGAGCUACCCACCUUUGGCACCAUAACCGGCCACAUUGUGGGAUGCCAAUCCAAGUACAUGGAGCCAUCACUGGCAUUCUCACAUGUUCUUGUCAAGGACAAGAAGACUCUAUCUCUUGUAAGAAACAAAUCGCAUAGCGAGGUGGGAGUAGGCUUGGUUGGAUUCCAUAAAGGUCCUUUCUUUUGGUGUGUUCUAUUCAGUGAUGGUAAGACAAAUUCUUCAUUUGUUCUUGAAGAUCAAGGCAAAGGGAUCAAGCAAAAGAAAGGAUGCUACAGUGGAAGUGCUUUUCCUUGCAAUGGUGUUGGACAUGGGAGGACUGCUGUGUUCUUGAAUUACAUUAUUAUUUUCAGUCUUUUAUUUAUUUUUCUUUUAAACCCCAAUUGAUUAUUGACAAUUUGUAGUUUUGUACCACUUCAUGAUAUGGAGAUUUUGUAAUUGAGUACAAUUAAUUUUUGGUUAAAUU